ACAGGUUGGAAGUGCUGUAUCGUAGAAAGCAGAGUGCAGUGGUUAAUAAUAAGAGGUUCAGGUAUUACCAGACUACUCAAUAGAUGCAGAGCUCAUUAUUUGGAGGUGCAAACCCUUUUCAACAGCAACCGCCUCAACAGCAAGUGCCGUCAGUUUUCAACAAUGUAAAUCCACAAGUCCAACAGAUGACGCAGCCAUCCAGGUUUGAGAAAUACGAACUUAAAAACGCAGCGGAUAACCGAUUGUUUGCUUCUGAAUCUCUGAGCCAUUCCAAUCAGUCGGGAAAUUCAGCAUCAGGAAAUGGAAGUGGGAAUAGCGGUGGAAAUGGUUCUAAUAGUCUGAUCAAGAAACGCACAAUUCCAAAUCGAUUAAUAAAACGAGUCGGGAAAAUGGACAGCAGUCUUGGUGAAGAAGAGAAGACUUCCGGUCCUGUGCUUCCUUUCAAAGUUUCAACUCAGGUCCAACCAGAUACUUUCGCUGAGGAUUUUGCACAUUUGUACAAGGUGGAUAGGCCGCCUUCCAAUUCUAUGUUUGAUCCUACAGUGUUCCAGGACGAAACGACACCUGGAGAAAUGCUAAUAGGCGAGUCCAUAUUCAAAGAGAUGAGUGAGAACCCUGAUCUUUUUGAAAAUGUCUUUAAAAGACCAAGUAGAAAAUUGCUACAAUCUGAGACUCACUCCAAGUACCAAAAUACAGAAUAUCCAUGGUCUAACAGCACACUACAGUCCUACAAUUCUGAGGAAUUACCCAACACAUCAACCAGAAAAAAACAGCCGAAUCUACAUUACUCGAAUGCUUUAGAUAUUAGUCGGUCCCAACAGAGCGCAGAAAAGCUCUACUGCUCGGUCAUCAUCUAUGGUUUUGAUGAUGACCAUUUUUCUCUAAUAGUCGAGCAUUUUGCCAAGUACGGUAAGAUAAUGGAAAACCUAGUAAUAUCAGACUAUACCUACUAUUACGGAGCGUUUGGAAAUGUCAUAGCACAUGACAAGCUAGUUGAUGUUGACGAAAAAGAAAAAAGUUCUUUAGACAGUAAGAAAAAAGGUCUAGAAUUGUUUCCUCUUUUCCUUGGACCACAAUGGGUUAAAGUGACAUAUGACAACCCAAAUUCAGCAAUAAGGGCAUUGGCAGAUAAUCUUACAGAUGAUGGGAAGGGCAACGUGUUGGGUGUUCUUCCAUAUAGAAGACAAGAUCUGGAAAUCUUGUUGUCACAUGAAAUUCCUGAUGAACUCAAUAUAGGUGAAGGCUUACAUGGUUUAAGCCAUGAGCUUGAAUUAGAAAAACGUUUAGCAGACAAUGAGAUAGGCAGAUACUUGAGCAAUGCUAGAGGUGACACUUUGGAUUCUCUUAAUGGCACCAAACGUAAUGCUUCCAGUCUCACGUUAAAAGAUGGUACCAAAUUGCUGUUAAAGACAAAGAAAGAGUCUGAUGGCAAAAACAUUUGGCAUAAAGGGAUGGGUUUUCUGUUCGGCGAAGGUGAAAUAUAAUUUAUUUGUACUGCUUCUCCAUAUUCAUAUCCGUUUGUAACUUGCAUUCGAUAAGAACACGUAAUAAAUAAGUUAGUAAAUAAAUAAGUAUACAUUUUCGUAUUGGCAGGACAAAAAA